GCCAACUUCACCCUCACCUUCUCUUCACACAUCAUCUUCCACCCUCCUUCUCCCCUUCUCCUUCGUCCAUUGGCCUCUCUGCACCAUGUCUUUCCGGCCAAUGUUCCAACAGCGGGCUGUGGCCCCCAUUGCGGCCUCACUUCUGGCUGGAGGAGUCGCUCUCUUUCCCCGGCGGACGGCCUUUGCAGAGGAACCCCGGGACCUGAAAAAACCCAUCUACGAUGACUACGAGGACGAGCUCCCGACCACCAGCACCAUUCCUACUCCCACGACGCCCGCCGCCGUCUCCUCCUCCCUCAUCCCGGCCACGCCCACCUCCUCCUCCGCCUCCUCUUCCCCGACCCCUACAGACAUCCUGACGGCUCAGGUCCGUCAAGCCCGGCUAUUCCUGUACAAGAACUCUCUGGCUGUGGAGACUAGCUUCAACAACUUCCUCUCGCGCGCCCUGCACAUCGAGAACGCCUUCACCAACACCGUCGCCUCGCUGGCCCCCUCGCCCGAGUCCGGCGAGCGCCUCCUGCCCGGCGGCGUCUACGUGGUCGUUGCCGCCAUGGCCGGCUCCAUCGUCUCGCGCAACCGCGGCCUGCUCCUCCGCACCGCCUCCCCGCUCGCCUUCGGCACCGUCGCCGCCUGGACCCUGCUGCCUGUCACCAUGCGCAACGUCUCCGACCUCGUCUGGGAGUACGAGAAGCGCGUCCCCGCCCUGGCCGACACCCACCUGCGCGCCCGCGAGCGCGCCGAGCACUUUUACUACACCGGCGUCGCUCACAGCGCCAUGGGCCGCGCUAUGAUGGAGGAGAAGAUCGGGGAGGCCCGCAAGAAGUUGGAGGAGAUUGUCAGCAAGGGUCACUAGAGUGGAGCAUUUGUUUUUGUUUUUGCGGUGGCCUAUUAGCCUUUUCUGAGUGCCUCUCUCUCUCUUCCACUGAAGCGGAUGUGAUAUACUGUGUUGCUCCUUUCCGAGGUUUCUAUGACUCGAGCUAGAAUUAGCUUGUGUGCUCGAUUGUUUUGGGAGCGUAUGAUCAGACCUACCAAAACCUCCCUAUCUACUUCCUGACAUUGUUUAUCCGCUUCCGUCUCUGUGUCUGUCUAUCGGGGUGCGAGUCUGUGUGUAUGUGUGUACUUUAAGAGGGCUUAGAAUUGAAGGCGCGCACGGUUUCUAGACACUGUCUAUCUACUCUGGAAUUGUCAAGUUGCAGAAAC